GCACUGAAUCAAUGGUUACGUGAUAUGUGAAUGACUUGGUGUAAUGUUUUUGACAGUGAAUUGAGUCCACGUUUUCAUAGUUUUAACACUUUUUUAUAAACUUUUAAUUAUUUUUAUUUCAAUUAUAUUUAAACGAAUGGAAAAUAUAUUAUCCGUGAAAGGGAUCACCGAAAGGAUCCGAUCCCUCGAUGUCUACCCCAAAGUGUUGGAGGAUUUUCGCAUUAAGACAUUCGGCGGCGCGACAGUGACGAUAAUCAGUGGUCUCUUGAUGUCUGUGCUCUUCAUAUCUGAACUCAAUUACUACUUAACACCAGAACUGCGAGAAGAGCUGUUGGUAGACGUGUCGAGAGGAGACAAAUUGCGGAUCAAUUUGGAUGUAAUCUUCCCUCACAUCUCGUGUCAGUUCUUAGCGAUCGAUGCGAUCGACGUGUCGGGCGAACAGCACAUCAACAUCGACCACAACGUCUUCAAACGCCGACUCACUCUGAAGGGGGAGCCCAUCGACGCCCCAGAGAAGGACAAUACCAUCGGAUCAGUGAACAGAACUGCGAAAGAGUUUCUCAAUAAAGUGGUGACGGCGGCGCCCACGCCCUCCACCACUACGUUAGACCCCCAUCGGUGUGAGAGCUGUUAUGGGGCCGAAAACGCCCGAAGAAAGUGUUGCAACUCUUGUGAUGACGUGAGACAGGCGUACAGUGAGAAGGGGUGGGCUGUGAACAACUUGGGGGACAUUCUUCAGUGCAAACGCGAGGGUAUGAGUGAACGGCUCCAGGACUUUGACAAAGAGGGCUGUCAGGUGUUCGGCUACGUCGAGGUGAACCGAGUGGGCGGUAACCUCCACAUCGCCCCCGGUAAGAGCUUCACUAAACACCACAUCCAUGUGCACGACCUCAACAUCAAUGACUUCCAGCGAUUCAAUUUGACGCACAAAAUAAGGCACCUGUCGUUCGGGCGCACAGUCGCCGGCAAAACGAAUCCAUUGGACGGAAGCGUUCAGAUCGCAGAAGAGGGUUCAAUGAUGUUUCAGUAUUACAUCAAAAUCGUGGCCACACUUUACGCCAAGAGUGACGGCCAGACUCUGCAGACCAAUCAGUUCGCAGUGACCCGCCAUAAGAAGCCGGUGUUUGAGAGCCUGACUGAGAACGGGAUGCCCGGAGUGUUCUUCAUCUACGAGUUCGGACCCGUUAUGGUUAAGUACAGCGAAAUCAACAAAUCAUUUAUGCAUUUCCUGACGUCUGUGUGCGCUAUAGUCGGCGGCAUUUUCACGGUGUCCGCGAUCAUCGACUCAUUGCUGUAUCACUCGAUUCGCGCCAUUCAGAAGAAGAUUGAAUUAGGGAAAGCCUCUUAACCACCCGACCCUCACGUACCGCUCG